CCCACACACCACGCCAAACCAAACCCCAAAAAAAUCACAUUUUUCUACGAGCCCCCUGCGCCCUCGUGUCCAAAGAGCCAGGCGCGACGACACCACACCCUCCCGUCUCACACUCCCCCUCGCCUUUGUCUCCACUCUCCGGGCCUCGCCGGGAGCGUGAGCCCCCUCCCCCACCUCCCCCGACAGAGAGCGAGGCAAACCAAAACCCCAAUGCAUCUCCGCCGCCUCCCCCCGCUCCUCCUCCUCGUCCUGCUCGCCGCCGGCGCCGCGGCGGACGGCGACGCGGACGCGCUGCUCGCGGCCAAGGCGGCGCUGUCGGACCCCACGGCCGCGCUCGCCUCCUGGGCCGCCCCGGCGGGCAACGGGACGGGCGGCGGGUACGCGCACUGCGCGUGGGCGGGCGUGUCGUGCGGCGCGCGCGGGGCCGUCGUGGGGCUGGCCCUCGGCGGGCUCAACCUCUCCGGCGCGCUGCCGCCGGCGCUGUCCCGCCUGCGCGGCCUCCUCCGCCUCGACGUCGGCGCCAACGCGCUCUCGGGCCCCGUCCCGGCCGCGCUCGGCCACCUUCGCUUCCUCACCCACCUCAACCUCUCCAACAACGCCUUCAACGGCUCCCUACCGCCGGCCCUCGCGCGCCUGCGCGGCCUCCGCGUGCUCGACCUCUACAACAACAACCUCACCAGCCCGCUCCCGCUCGAGGUCGCGCAGAUGCCGCUGCUCCGCCACCUCCACCUCGGCGGCAACUUCUUCUCCGGCGAGAUUCCGCCCGACUACGGCCGCUGGACGCGGCUGCAGUACCUCGCCCUCUCCGGCAACGAGCUCUCCGGCAGGAUACCGCCGGAGCUCGGGAACCUCACCAGCCUCAGGGAGCUCUACAUUGGCUACUACAACGCCUACUCCGGUGGGGUCCCGCCGGAGCUCGGCAACCUCACCGACCUCGUGCGCCUCGACGCCGCCAACUGCGGCCUCUCCGGGAAGAUCCCGCCGGAGCUCGGAAGGCUGCAGAAACUCGACACCCUGUUCCUGCAGGUGAACGGCCUCACCGGCGCCAUACCGUCCGAGCUGGGCAGCCUUAAGAGCCUCAGCUCCUUGGACCUCUCCAACAAUGCGCUCGCCGGCGAGAUACCGCCGAGCUUCUCCCACCUCAAGAACAUGACGCUGCUCAACCUGUUCCGGAACAAGCUGCGCGGCGACAUCCCCGACUUCGUCGGCGACCUGCCAAGCCUCGAGGUGCUGCAGCUCUGGGAGAACAACUUCACCGGCAGCGUGCCCCGCCGCCUCGGCGCCAACAACCGCCUCCAGCUGGUCGACCUCUCCUCCAACAGGCUCACCGGCACGCUGCCGCCGGACCUCUGCGCCGGGGGCAAGCUGCACACGCUCAUCGCCCUCGGCAACUCCUUGUUCGGCUCCAUCCCCGACUCCCUCGGCCAGUGCAAAUCCUUGAGCCGUAUCCGUCUGGGAGAGAACUACUUGAACGGCUCCAUUCCCAAGGGGCUCUUCGAGUUGCAGAAGCUCACUCAGGUCGAGCUGCAAGACAACCUCCUCACCGGCGACUUCCCUGCCGUGGUCGGCCCCGCGGCGCCUAAUCUGGGGGAGAUCAACCUGUCCAACAAUCAGCUCACCGGUGCAUUGCCGGCAUCCAUUGGAAACUUCUCUGGUGUUCAGAAGCUGCUGCUUGAUCGCAACUCGUUCUCCGGCCCGUUGCCUGCCGAGGUUGGGCGGCUGCAGGAGCUCUCGAAGGCUGACCUAAGCGGCAAUGCGAUCGAGGGGGGUGUGCCGCCGGAGAUUGGGAAAUGCCGGCUGCUCACUUACUUGGACUUGAGCAGGAACAACCUCUCUGGGAGGAUACCUCCGGCCAUCUCUGGAAUGAGGAUACUGAACUACCUCAACUUGUCCAAGAACCACCUUGAUGGAGAGAUACCUCCAUCCAUCUCCACAAUGCAGAGCUUGACGGCGGUCGACUUCUCAUACAACAACUUGUCCGGGCUCGUCCCAGGGACCGGCCAGUUCAGCUACUUCAAUGCCACAUCUUUCGUUGGCAAUCCAAACCUGUGUGGACCAUACCUUGGUCCAUGCCGCCCUGGCAUUGCUGAUGCUGGUCACACCAACCAUGGCCAUGGAGGGCUGUCUAGCACCAUCAAGCUGCUCAUUGUGUUAGGCUUGCUUCUUUGCUCCAUUAUAUUUGCUACCGCCGCAAUUCUGAAGGCGCGGUCGUUGAAGAAAGCCAGUGAUGCACGGAUGUGGAAACUCACUGCAUUCCAGCGCCUUGAUUUCACCUGUGAUGAUGUGCUGGAUUCCCUGAAAGAGGAGAACAUUAUCGGCAAAGGCGGGGCUGGAACUGUGUACAAGGGAUCAAUGCCCAAUGGUGAUCAUGUGGCCGUGAAGAGGCUCUCUGCAAUGGUCCGUGGCUCAUCGCAUGACCAUGGAUUCUCCGCUGAGAUACAAACACUUGGGAGGAUUCGGCAUCGCCAUAUUGUGCGCCUGCUAGGCUUCUGCUCAAACAAUGAGACUAACCUACUGGUGUAUGAGUAUAUGCCCAAUGGCAGUCUCGGGGAGCUUCUCCAUGGCAAGAAGGGCGAACACCUGCACUGGGACACUCGGUACAAGAUUGCAAUUGAAGCUGCCAAGGGGCUGUGCUACCUGCACCAUGAUUGUUCACCGCUGAUACUUCACCGUGAUGUCAAGUCAAACAAUAUACUUCUUGACUCUGACUUUGAAGCUCAUGUGGCCGACUUCGGGCUGGCGAAAUUCUUGCAGGACACCGGCGCAUCAGAAUGCAUGUCCGCCAUUGCUGGUUCAUAUGGCUACAUUGCUCCAGAAUAUGCAUACACCCUCAAGGUCGACGAGAAGAGCGAUGUCUACAGCUUCGGUGUGGUGCUCCUGGAGCUCGUCACCGGGCGGAAACCCGUGGGGGAGUUUGGCGACGGCGUCGACAUUGUCCAGUGGGUCAAGAUGAUGACGGGCCCAAACAAGGAGCAGGUGAUGAAGAUCCUGGACCCGAGGCUGUCGACCGUGCCGGUGCACGAGGUGAUGCACGUCUUCUACGUCGCUUUGCUGUGCACCGAGGAGCACAGUGUGCAGCGCCCGACGAUGCGUGAGGUCGUGCAGAUCCUGAGCGAGCUCCCAAAGCCAGCUGCCAACCAAGGUGAUGGAGAGGAAGAGCUUCCUCUCUCCGGCGAAGGACCUGAAUCCAACACUCCUGCUCCAACCAGUUCCACUGACGCUCCGACCGGCGACGCGAAAGAUCAUCAUCAUCAGCAGCAGCAGCACACAAGCUCGGAGUCGUCGCCGCCUCCUGAUCUCAUCAGCAUCUGAUCAUCCAAGUCCAUCCGUUGCGAAAACAUGCGGGCUUCUUCGAUCGUGCAAGCCUAGGCCUGAAUCUAGGGUUCGUUGAGUGAAAGACUUGUUGGUGUGCUGUACAUAUCCAAGCUGCUUUGGUGGUGGGGCGUCCAAGAGCUUCCAGUUUGGUGUGUGUGUGUGUGUGUUUGGUACUUUGCUUUGCUGCUUGUAGCCGUAGGGAUUAUGUGGUAGUGGAGCCUUUGAUGAUCUUUCCUUGUGCAAUGUAGUAGUAGUAGUAGUAUCAGUAGUAGCCAUCUACCCUAAAUGUCAAGCUCCUUUCCUGUCCAUCCGGUCCGGUCCGGUCCAGCAUGAGAAUCUAAAUCUUUGUUGUGGAACCA